AUGGCCUCUUUCGCCGACGAGGGCUUACUGCCGCUGACGCCGAUCAAGACGGCGCCAUUAGCACCCCCUUCGCCGUCCGCCGCUGACGCCGCUUCGGCCGCUCCGUCCCUGCAGGCGACAUCGACGACGACCACCCUAGAGCCGGCAGCAGAGGAGAAGAUGACGAAGCCGGCGUUGGAGGAUCAGAAGGAGCCGGCGACGCCCACGUCGGAGGAGAGCAGGCUCCGGACGCCGGAGGUGUGCCCUCCGGCGCCGGUGCCUCGUCUGCCGUCCGUGAAGCGGAAGUCGCGGCCUACUUCUACGACGACGACGACAGCCCGGGCGUACAUCGUCGUCCCGCGAGACCUCUCCGCCGUGUUCCGGACCAUGCCGCCAGAGAAGCGGAUCCGGGCGUCCUGAUUCUGCUGUUGCUGCGAUCUGCCAGACUGCCACCAGCCGGCCGGCCUCUCGAUCGGUUCGGUCGAUUAAUUUCUUGUAUAAUUCUUCUAGUUCCG